AUGAGAGCGAACAAUGCAGUGGUCGACAAGGUCCUCGAGCUUAGUGAGGAACGGAAGCACCUCCAACAAGUUCUGAACCGAUACCUAAGCAACCCAGACGACAUAGCUACUCUCUUUGCCACAAACAUCCGAAAUCUCCGUGAAGAGAUUGACACGCUCGAACAACAACGCCAGCACCUACGUACCUCUCGAGCACUGGAGCCACCAAACGAUGUAUGGCGUGCAGCAGCAGAAUACUGCCGCUUGAUCCGCCAUGGUCUUCACCUCACCAGCAACCAGCUAGGUUUCAUGCGAGACAUGAUGUCUCCAAAUGUGGUGUUCAACGCAGCAUACGGCCCAGAGGCUAUCAUGCAGCAUUGGUUCUUCAUGAACUGGUUCGGCGAGGUGGACGUGGAGCUCAAGGGGUGGGAGCUGACGGAUGGUAAUUCACUGGUUGCGAUCACAACCACCAGUGUGACCAUCACGAAACACACUCUGCGCAACGUGUUUCCGCACUUGCGCACCAUCGACAACAGCGAUCGGAACGGCAAGUUGGCAGAGCAACUUCUGCUCCAACGACUUGUUAUGCGCGGAUCUACACGCUUCGAAUGGGAUGAUUCAACGUGCCGUGUAACGAGGGUGAUAGCACAGAGCGACAUGAUGACGCCAAUCUUGCACCUACUUGGUAACCUUGAAGAUGUAUCUCGAGUGUUUGAGCAGGCCCUCAUUUCUCCGGAAUUCCAAUGGAACCAAAUGCUGUACCACAAUCCUAUUCCUCUGCGAUGCAGUAGCCCGACGCACUCACCAGUUCCUCGACUGUAUUAG